AAAUCACUCACUGCUCAUUUUAUAUGUAUGUCAUACAAAUUCAGUGUCAGAGAUUCCAGCUGAAAGUUAAAGUAGAGUGUAGGUCUGAAAUGUGACACCAGGGAGGAGAGCUGACGUAUUUCUCAGGUGGGGCUGAAAGUGUUUCUCCAGUGUUCAGCACCACUUGGUGGUUUGAGAGGAACGAUAUUGUUUUUGAAAGCCGUGAAGACGUUAUGAUAUGAGACAUAAUCCACACGAAAGGGCGGCACAUUCAGUUAAAGCACCUUUUUCUAGGAUCUUGUUUGUGGAGGUUUUGUUAAACUAGAAAAGCAGGAUGAGCCUCUCUGAGGAGUGUGAGGAGGACAGUUCCACCUCCAUCAAACACGCACAUCUAAUCCACAUAAAGAGAUCAGACCCUCCUGCACCCAGUUGUGUGUCCAUGAAGAGUGAUGAAUCUAUAGAUAUUCCACCCGUGAUAAAAGAUGGACGCCCCUCAUCUGGACACAGUCAAAUCCAGAUAAAGCGCUCAGACUCUUCAGUAACCAGAUGUGUGUCUCUGAAGAGUGAUGCAUCUAUGGAUCCUCCACAGAUAUUCAAAAAUGGAGACCCUUCAUCUGAAUACAGUGUCCUGCAAAGGGUGAUAGACAGAACAAAAGAGGAGAUCAUCACAGAUAAAGAACAUGGCUGUGAUUCUGAUGCAUUCAAAGUCCAAGAAAACUUCAAAUUAAAUCUGAAACAGAAGUUUGAGUGUCUGAAUGAGGUGAUAACAAACCAGGAAACCCCAACACCUCUCAGUGAGAUCUACACAGAGCUCUACAUCACAGAGGGAGACAGUGGAGAGGUCAAUAAUGAACAUGAGCUCAGACAGAUUGAGGCAGCAUCCAGGAGAACAGUAACAGAGGACACACCAAUCAAAUGCAAUGACAUCUUUAAACCCUUAUCAGAACAAGACAAACCCAUCAGAACUGUGCUGACAAAGGGGGUCGCUGGAAUUGGGAAAACAGUCUCUGUGCAGAAGUUCAUUCUGGACUGGACUGAAGGGAAAGCAAAUCAGGAUGUCCACUUCAUAUUUCCACUUCCUUUCAGAGAACUGAACUUGAUGAAGGACCAAAAACUCAGUUUGGUGGAUCUUCUUCAUACACGGUUUAAGGAGAUUAAAGAAAUGGAAAUAUCCAGAUCUCACAAAGUUCUGUUCAUAUUUGAUGGUUUGGAUGAGUGUCGUUUCACUCUAGAUUUUCAGAGCACUGUGAGAUUGGAUGAUGUCACUCAGUCAUCCUCAGUGAAGGUGCUGCUAACCAAUCUGAUCAAGGGGAAUCUGCUUCCCUCUGCUCUCAUCUGGAUCACCUCCCGACCUGCAGCAGCUGAUCAGAUCCCCUCUGAGUGUAUGGAUCGAGUGACAGAAGUCCGAGGGUUCAGUGACCCACAGAAGGAGGAGUACUUCAGAAAGAGAAUCAGUGAUCAGAGCCUGACCAAUAGAAUCAUCAUACACCUGAAGACAUCAAGAAGCCUCUAUAUCAUGUGCCACAUUCCUGUGUUCUGCUGGAUUUCAGCCACUGUUCUAGAGAGAAUGCUGGGUGAAGCAGAGAGUGGAGAGACCCCAAAAACUCUGACUCAAAUGUACACACACUUCCUCAUCAUUCAGACAAAGAUCAUAAGAGAAAAGUACACAAAGAACCAGGAGACAGAUGAAGAGAUACUUCUCAAACUGGGACAACUGGCUUUUCAGCAGCUGAUGAAAGGAAACCUGAUCUUCUAUGAGGAAGAUCUGAGAGAGUGUGGCAUCGAUGUUGAAGAAGCAUCCGUGUACUCGGGUGUGUGUACACAGAUCUUCAGAGAGGAAUCUGGGCUGCACCAGACUAAAGUGUACAGCUUUGUUCAUCUGAGCAUUCAGGAACAUCUCGCAGCUCUAUAUGUGCACGUGACCUUCUUGAACCAGAAGAGAAAUGUGCUGAAUCAGAGUCUGUCCUCUAAACUGGGGAUCUUCAUUAGAAAAGAAAUUCCAAUCUCUAAUGUACACAAGAGUGCUGUGGAUCAGGCCUUACAGAGUAAGAAUGGACAUCUGGAUCUUUUCCUUCGCUUUCUUCUGGGUCUCUCACACGAGUCCAAUCAGAAUCUCAUACAAGACUUGGUGACAAAGCCAGGAAAUAGCUCUCACAGCAAAGAGGAAACAGUUCAGUACAUCAAGAAGAAGAUCAGAGAGAAUCGCUCUGCAGAGAAAUCCAUCAAUCUGUUCCACUGUCUGAAUGAACUGGAUGACCAUUCUCUAGUUGAGGAAGUUCAACAGUAUCUGCAGUUUGACAAUCUAAACCAAAGUACACUCUCUUCUUCACAGUGGUCAGCUGUGAUCUUUGUACUGCUGACAUCAGUGGAUGAUCUGGAUGAAUUUGUCCUCCAGAAAUAUAACAGAUCAGAUGAUGUUCUUCUGAAGCUUCUGCCUGUAGUUGCAAAAUCCAGAACAGCUGAUCUUUCAUUUUGUAAACUUUCAAAGAAAAGCUGUGUAGCUCUGGCGUCAGUGCUUAGCUCAAAUUCCUCCAGUCUGAGAGAGCUGGAUCUGAACUGGAAUAAACUAGGAGAUUCAGGAGUGAAGCUGCUCUCUGCUGGACUGGAGAAUCCUCUCUGUAAACUGGAGACAUUGAGGUUAAGGGGUUGUAAUCUCACAGACGAAGGCUGUGAACCUCUGGCUUCAGCUCUGAAAUUGAACCCCUCACACCUGAGAGUGCUGGAACUGUCUGAAAAUAAAAUAGGAGAUUCAGGGGUAAAACUGCUCUCUGCUGCACUGGAGAGUCCUCUCUGUAAACUGGAGACACUGUGGUUGUGGGAUUGUAAUAUCACAAAGGAAGGUUGUGCUGCUCUGGUUUCAUCUCUGAAAUCAAACCCCUCACACCUCAGAGUGCUGUAUCUGUCUAAUAAUAAAAUAGGAGAUUCAGGAGUGAAGCUACUCUCUGCUGUACUGGAGAAUCCUCUCUGUAAACUGGAGACACUAAGGUUGAGGGAUUGUAAUAUCACAGAUGAAGGUUGUGCUGCUCUGACUGCAGCUCUGAAAUCAAACCCCUCUCACUUGAGAGAACUUUAUCUGCCUGGGAAUGACAAGAUAAAGACAGGAUGUGAGCUGCUGUUUGCUCUUCAGCAUGAUAAACUUUACAGACUAGAGGAUCUAAGAGUAUGAUGUUGAUGGUGUGUAUUACUGAUCACGACAACAUGAAGAGAUGAAGAGAUUUCUGAAUGUGUGUGAGGAGCUCCAGUAGCAGAGGGAGACACAGUGUGUGUGUACACACAAACACCUCUCUUUUAGUUGGUAAAAUGAGGGAACAGUGUGUCUCUGUGUGUGUGUGUGUGUGUGUUUGUGUGUGUGUGUGUGUGUGUGUGUGUGUGUGUGUGUGUGUGUGUGUGUGUGGACUAGAUGGAUGUGUGUGUUUGUGAACAGAAAACUUCAUGAGAAAUGAAACUGUUCAAUUAAUUGUUUAAGUCUAAUUUAAGCUUCUGUAGUUUUUGUUGGAACAGUGUUUGAUGUGGUUUUUAGAAGAACUGGAGACGGACUGACUGUUAUCAGUUCUGAGCUCAAACAGGGAGAACAGGACCAUCAGUGUCUCUUGUGCUCUGAAGAUCUCUGCUGUUCCUCUCUGCGCUCUAAUAAAGCUCAUCUGAUUAUUAGUCUAUCACUGCUGCUGUGUCUCUCCAUUACACACAAACAUCUCUCUUUUAGUUGGUAAAAUGAGGGAACAGUGGGUCUGUGUGUGUGUGUGUUUUGAGAGGAACACAAAAAGUACACAACUUUCUACUCAUCCUAGAUGAGACGUGUCAAAUGUUGCUUCUUUACUUUAGUGCUGGAGCUUUGAGGCUAUUGUUGCUAACAAACACUAGAAAUCAAUAGUCACCCAAACCUUUUCUGGAAAUCCAUCCCCAAAACUUUUCUCAUCCUUUUCAAACUACAUCCGGCUCUUCAUUAAAGGGAAUCUUGACUGUUAAUACAUGUCUGUCUCAACAUAGUGUUCAUGUCCAGUAAUAUUAAAAUAUGUUGUAUAAACCAAGUUAAAAACUUUAUUUAUUAUUAAAA